AUACUGUUAGAUACAGUCUUUUAGUGCAAUAUUAAUGAAGGUCAUUAUUGUUUUGAGAUUCUUGUCGAUUAUAUAUUGCUCUUGGAUGAGCAUUGACUUCAUCAUAAAGAAUAUAAAGGGUAAUUGCUCCUUCAGUGAAUUUGUCUCAUUAUAUGGAUUAUUUAGAGGAAUUUCAUUAUGUACGAUGCUUCUUACUAUUCGAUAAUUUAUAUGUUAAUGCACUCACUAUUUAUUGCUAACUUAAACCCUUCUAUGAUACUAGA